CCCUUAUCCAUGUCCGGUCAACAGAUCCCAAAUCUUGCUACAUUUCGCCGAGGAGGCCUACGGGGGCGAGGAAGAGGACACAAUGUGACGGAUGGAGCCAGAUCAGGCAUUGGGGGAGGUCGACGGAAUGUCGAUCAUGACCACAUUGUUCAGAACACAGACAACGAUGCAGCCACGUCUCGGCUGAGCGCCGUGGCAGCCGGCUACCUGGAAGACAUGUUUGCCAGCCUCUUGACACCCAGUGAUGGUCUCGCGAGGCGGCUUCCGUUAAUGAAUCGAGGAACUUAUGUCCGAACAACGGGGAUUGAUCAAAUUGUUGAUACCUUUUUGUCAACAUCAGAGGGGCGGCGUCAACAGGUCAUCUCCCUAGGCGCAGGUAGCGACACACGAUACUUUCGAUUGAAGCAGAAGCGACGCCAGCUGGAUGUGGUCUAUCAUGAAAUCGACUUUGGUGCCAACACCACGCGCAAGAUUACUCGAUUACGGAGUCUUCCCGUCUCUAGCACAGUCAAGACACUAUCUGGCGUUGAUUUGCACGAUGCGGACGUACGAAUAUCUGGAGAUGGCUCGAGCCUGUCUUCCCACAACUACUAUAUCCAUGCAUUGGACCUCCGGCAGCUGUCUGAAAUGGAAAGCCCUAUCGCCGGACUCGAUACAAACCUACCUACACUGGUAAUCUCGGAAUGCUGUCUUGUGUAUCUGCCGCCAUCCGACGCCGACGCCGUACUCCAUUAUCUCUCCCAAUUAUUUCCUCCUACCACACCGCUUGGCAUCGUAAUUUACGAACCUAUUAGACCUCACGACUCGUUCGGCAAGGUCAUGAUUCGGAACCUGAUGGAGCGAGGGAUACAACUCCAGACCUUGGAGAAGUAUGCGGAUCUCGACAAACAAAAAUCAAGACUACAGGGACACGGGUUCACUGGAGAGCAGAAUGGGGCCGAGGCAGCGGACAUCGACAUGAUUUGGUCAAGGUGGAUUGACCCAGGCGAGAAGGAGCGUGUCGAUGGACUGGAAUGGAUGGACGAGGUGGAGGAGUUUGUUCUCCUUGCGAAGCACUAUUGUAUUUGCUGGGGUUGGCGUGGCUUUAGCCAUGGGUCUAGACUGUGGAGUGAACUGGCGAGAUGAGGUUUAGGGUAUCUUUUUAUCAAGAUGCAGAGAUUGUGUCAACCACGCGAGGGAGACUGUGCACGCAGGAGAGAUUGGGCUGAUACAGAUUCAUUGCAGUGGAACAACUUGAUAUUCUCAAUCGAGGGGAGGGAGGUUAAUCACGUGCGGGAUAUUCAAGAUCAUCACGUGGUGGCAGGAGGCCAAGACAGGUAAUUUCCC